AUGGUCUCCACGCACUGGACUGCGGACGAUGGCUCCUUGGGCUUCUCCUCGUGGUCUGAUGCAGUGGUGAUCCGUUCCAAGAGUAUGUCGGAGCGGCCAAAGCCCUUGGAGCAUGACACUGUCAACCAUGAUGCCUACCGCGUCAGCUUCCUUGUGGCUUGGUCUCAGAAGCAGCAGCUCGGUCUCAGUACGAGCGACUUUGAGAAAGGCUGCAGAUGCUUCCGUGUCCGCUACGAGUACCUACCUGGUGAUGAACACUUUGAGCGGCGGAAAUGGCAGCUUUGCCAGGAUGCUUUCACCGGGUCUCAGGUGCAGACGCUGGUUGGUCUCCGAAGAGCACAGGCCGUGCAAGAAGUCGAGCGUCUCUUGCAAAGGUCUGGCAAGUCUUCCUCCGCCGGCGACAUCGAGAAGUGGUUUCGCGCUGGCAACCUCCAGCAGAUGUCGGAGAAGACGAUCCGGGCGAUGCUUCGCAUUGCAAGGAGGUUUGCGACGGUCUCGCCGGAGGGCCCACUCAUCGUGGCCGAGCUCGACAGCAAGUUCCAAACCGAGCACUGCCUGUCCGGGCAUACGAAUCUGGACUUGCUGUGCUCCCGAACCUCAAUCCCCAAGAACAGCACACUUGAAAAUGGUCUUCUGAUGUGGGUCUUGCAGUCUUUGAGAGAGGACAUCAUCAAGGGCUCUCUGGACCCGAACGUGGGAGGACAACUGCUCGGGUCUAUUGUCUCCAUGUACCUCCUCAAGCGGAGGUUGGUCCUGUACCAGGUGAAGAAGUUCGGUGCGGACNNCAAGGCCUUCGGCGAGGCUUUCUCCUCCAUGCAGACCUUCUUGAAGUCCGGUCUCGAACUGCAGCAAGCUUCGUGCCUGGAGUGGCUCAGGCAGGCCCCCGACUACCUGGUGGAGGUCGUGACGUUUUCGGCGAAGGUCUUGAAAGGGCACAAAGCCAUUGACGAGGUCUUGCUGAAACUGGCUAUGGCCGACCCCAAGAUGUCACCGGAGGGCGCUUUGCUGGAGUUGGAGAAAGCCGGCCUGCAUGAUCACCGUGCUCUUGUCGGUCUUAUGGAGGAUGCGAAGCAACCAAAGGUCCCGGAGACAAUCCCCGCCCCGCCGGAGGCUGACAAACAGGCUGCCGCGCAGGAGGUCUCCAAGGACGUCCCCGAGGAACUCCCCGAGGACAUGGGCGACCAGGUCGCUGCAGACGACGAGAAGAAGUCAAAGGAGACUAAGGGCCUGGACCGUUUGCAAGCCUUCCCCCACCUGAAGCACCACAUGGCUGACCUCUUGCAUGACAUCAUCUACAAAAACCCGGACGACAACAAGUUUGCCAACGUCCUGGACGAUGCCAUCAUCAGGAGAAACACCUACGUGCAGCUCCAUGUCACGCCGGAGGAUGCCACUGAGUGGCAAAUGCUGUUGAAAGGUCUUCAUCUUCCAGAAGACGGGCGGCUGCACAAGAUCGAUGCGAAGUGCAUGCACCAAGGGCCUCCUCCAGAAGGCUACGGGCAAGACAUGCACAGAAACAGGGCCGUCCUCCACGACGCAGCCUUCAAGAGGUCUUUGACCACGAUCUUCGGCGACGCGGGCCCAGGCUCGACAGGCGUCCUCGUGCAAGGCGACCUGGUCUUGAUCUGUGAUGGCAGGGUCUCCCGCAACCACCAGACCAUCAACAGGGAGGUCACGAAGCUCAUCAAGAACGAGAAGAAGGAAGGCCAGGGCCAGAUGAGACUUCGGAAGUAUGAGCCGGUCUCCCACCUUCGCUUCUUGUACCACAACCGGGAGUUCGAGGGCCGCCGGAUGUCUAGGUCUUGCAGUGGCACGUCCAAAGGUGCAAACCCUGAGCCGCUGGAGAACGUCUCCGUCAUUUGGACAAAAGACGUCGCUCUGGAACUCCGAGAGCGGAAGUUUGUGGACUUGCCAGGAAACAACAAGGCCAGAGGGUGGGCGUCACAGGCCUUGAAGGGCGACGAGGACUACAUGGUCUCGCUUUUGCCGCGGGACUGUCUUCAAGCUAUGGCUGACGGUACUGAAGCUCCCAAGCCUCCACGUUCGGACAGUGAGGAGUCUGGCCCAGAAGAGAAGGAGACUGCAGAGGUCUCAGUCCUACCCCUUCAUCCUUGGGAAGGAACUGAGGAGCAGGCUCGCGAGAUCGUCCAUUGCUUCUUGCCCAAGAAGACGUCGGUCAUCAUCGACUACUUUGCCGGUCUCGUCUCUGCGGUGGCCUGUGCACGGGACAAGGUCCGUUACAUCGGCUUCGUCAGGAACACGACGUCUCUGUCCGUGUUGUCGGAGAUGGUGCUGCUGAGGAUUGUCCUUGACAUGGUGCAAGACCGUGCCGAUGGCUUCAGGAGGGCCACCAGGCAUCUCAGCAAGUCGCUGAGCCUCGGAGGUGAGUCGGCUCCUACCGAAAAUGCCCGCAGUCCUUUCACGGCCUCGCCGAAGUUGUCAGUGGACGAGGAGCAGGAGCGUCUUUGCUCCGGCAUGCCAAAGGUGUUGAAGGACCUGAAGCUGUCAACCUUGGGAGUGCGGGCGCCACACAUCAUUUACCGCCACGCCUUGGAUGAAGAUAUGACCUUCGCAACGAGAUUCGGUUUUCCCUCCUCCGAGUUUUACCGUGCCCCUUGGUCUCAGCAGAAGGAGUUCUGGCUGGUCUUCAGAAGUGAGCUGGUGGCGUCAGCUUUCUUCAGCCACGAGGAGGACCGUGAUCAACGGGAUUUUGCUGAGCUCGAGGAUCGCUUGAAGGAGGUCUACUUAUUGCCCCCCGCGCAGGAGCUCGACUUCUUGAAAUCCGACAAGAAGUACCUCGACCUUCAUCAGCAAUCGAAUGAGUCAGACAGUUGA